GUGCAAUAUUUCAGCGGCUCCUAAUAGAGCUUACCAUGAGAAAUCAGCUUUCAACGACGAAAAGUUCAUUUAUACUGAGGUCCUCGCUCUUGUUGACGGCCAGUUAGUUACAUUUUGUCGCGGUAUUGUGCACAGGAAGAAUUUUAUUUAGUUAAAUACACGCAUGCGCGAUCACAAUACGAGAAAUAAGGAUGAAGAUACAUGUUUUUGUGAUAUUGAUAAUAAUUGCUGUCUUAGGCAAUUAUGUGACUGACGGUAGAAGGGGCGGAGGAGGUUUCAGGGGUGGAUCAAGGAGCCGUGGUACAAGAAGCGGGGGAUCUAGAAGCAGCGGAACCGUUAGGAGUACAACAAGGUUUGCAACUCGUUCCUCUUAUCGGGGAUCCUCUUACCGACAAGGAACGUGGAAAACGGCGGCUGCCGUCGGCACCUUAUACGGUCUAUCUAGUUACAAACAAAGGAGAAGAUACUUCGAUUCUCCUGACAGCGAGCCUCAAGUUUGCUUCAAUGAAAAGAACCUGCGUAAUGGAACAUUUGGGUAUUUUAUAUGUCCAGAAGAGGGCCAAAGUGACGACAUGGCCUACUGUUGCGGGGAUGAGGAUGCACAAACAUGCUGCGAAUACGCCGAUGCUGGAAAACGAAUUGUCGGAAUAGUAAUUGGUGUUAUCACCGCUACAGUUAUUGUGGGUGUUGUGGUUUAUUAUUUUUGUAUAAAACAAAGAAGAGACGCGCAGCGCAAGAAUACAACCAUGUACAGUCACAAUCAGACAACAGGUACUGCAUCUGUGCAAUAUAGUACGAGUCAGCCAUAUAGUACGAGUCAGCCACAUGGUACGAGCCAACCGUAUAGCACGGGUGUAGAUUUCCAGUAUGGUCAAAAGCAAGGUAUGAAUUCCUAUCCACAAACUGCUGACGGGACAAAUACCUAUGAUACGACUACGUCUUACCCACAAACUGCUGACGGAUCAAAUACCUACGAUACUAUUGGCAAUUCUGCCGUCAAUGGGGCCCCUCCCUGUUCCUCCGGGCCUAUUGGCUUCGAGGGUGAAAAAUCUUCCCAAACACAGAAUAAUACAUCUGUGCCUCCACCUCACCCAACGACUCCAUACACAGGUUUUCAAGACGUGCCUACGGUACCGCCACCUGCCUAUACCUCAAAUAACAUCUAACAACUGUGUCUGCGGACAAUUUAACAAGGGACGCAAUCCAUGUAUAAAUAAUAUUUGUCUAUGAAAUGUAUGACAGGUCGUGCAAUCUCACGUUACCUUAGAACAAUCAAUCUGAUCACCUCGACCUUUAUGCCAUUAUAUUAUUAUAUUGUAUUAUACGGAGAAUACGGAAAUACCCGAUGUUUCACGAUUGUAGAACAAUAUGCCGGAACAUAUUUCAGUCCAAACAUCUAUGGAAAAAUUUACAUGGGUUACAUAUUCGAGUUCGGUCAUUUUUAUAUUUUUUACCUCCGACAAUUAAAGGACAGGGGGCUUCUGAGGUCGCAUUAAGAAUAUUACUAGCCAAUUCCUUUCCUUUGGAACUAAGAAUCUUUUAAAACUGGUACAUAAGAAUCUGAAAUUGCUUGGUUAUAAAACAUACCUCACUACUUGUAAGUUAUUAUUCUGGAGGAGAAACAAUAAGGGAGUGAUGGACAAAUCGCUUUUAUUUAAAACACAGACAGAUAUUAGUAACUUACAGCUUACAUUUUAACUUGAAGUAAACAUUAUUUGAUGUAUCAAGCCUGUACUCACUUUUUGCCAUUUUACCACAUACUUUAGAAUUUUGGUCAAUUUUAAAAUAGGUCGCACGUCUCUACAAAGACCACUCUUUGGAAAUAAAAUGUGGUCUUUCUUAACAACUGGUUUGUCAUAACAGGUAAAUAACUUUUCUGUUUGGAAUGGUAUAAGUUAAUGGCGACAUAAAGGAGAAAAAUGUGACAUUUUAAUGCAAGUUAUUUAACUGUGAUAUUAAGUCGGAAGUGAUCCUUAGAACAAGUUUGAUUGUAAAUGGAAAUAUGAUACCAUUUAUGUUACAUACGCACAUCUUUUCAAAAACUGUAGAAGGAAGUAACAAAAAUCAAAAUGCCUUAUGUAGAUUUUCAUUUAAAAUAUGCCAGUGAAGUGCAUGCACUUCCGUUGUAUAUAGAGUCAUUAAGGGCCAUAAUAUUUUUGAAAUAUGGACGUUUGUCUUAUUUUUGUUCUAUUAUGACCUUUCGACAUUUUAGCUCAGCAUUUUUUGUAAAGAUAGAAAAGGGUGACCAAGGGAAACUCAGUUUCAGACAUGUAAAUAAGACAAUCUGACUAAAGUACUUGAUCUUCUAAACGAAGAUCUGAGAACGACCUAUUCACAUUCGUCUUCUGUAUAUUUAUGAUUUCCAUUAUUGCUAUUUUUAUGUUAUUCAAUCAGACGACUUGUUCGAUUGUCAAAGGAUAAGAAAAAUAUGCGGUUAUUCGAGGACUCGAACCCGGGACCCCUCGCUUACAAAGCAAGUGACCUACCGACUGAGCUAACCGGCUAUCUGAUACAUUACGACAUAAGAAUUGUAAAUAUCAAAAGUCAAUGCUACAUGUAGAUUUGCAAGAUGUUGUAAGCUAGGCUCUGAUUGGCUAGCGAAAGAGCCGUCAGAACGAGGCAAUGAAUAGGUCGUUUUCAGAUCCUAUGCGUAGCGUAAUAGGAGAUGUACUUUAGUCAGAUUGGUAAAUAAAAAAUCUUCAAAUUACUUACACUCGCACGGAGAAGCGGGGUGAUGUUUUAGUAACAGUGGUUCGCAUACUUUAAUUUUAGAAAGAAAUGUGUUCAGAAACAUUUUGUAAUAAAUCUAUAUGUUCGACAGUGCCUGUUCCAUAAUGUAAUUUAGCCUAACUCUGUUGUAUGUGAAUAUCUUUUUGCUGUUUUAGUUUAACACCAUCUCAGAAUUCUGAGACCACCCAUAAACUGCAGACCUGCCAUUAGUCUGUCUGACCUAUGAUGCGAUUUGUGUGGCUAAAACAGUUGUCAAGAAUUAGCACAAUAGACUUCAAUCCUAACGAUUUUGUAUAAUUAAAUGGGAGUCUCUGUGGCCGAAUUAUACUUUUCACUGAUAUGCUAUCACUGAUCCCUCUUUGGAUAUUUUGAGAGAAAAAGCUUGCAGGGUCCCACUCGUGUCUAAAAGACAGUACUCUGAAGGGCACCUAAGUUUACCAUCCAGCAACAGAUAUUUUCAGUUUACGGCUGCAGAAAGGAAUUAUAAAAGGAGAUACCUCCAGACACUCAUCAACAUUUCUUUUUUAUUUGUUUAAAGCAGAUAGCAACUGAUUUUAGAUAUCGAAACUGGUAGACCAUUGUUUGAAUAUAAAGUACAGCAUAAUUUCUUCAAGUAAUAAUAUUUCAAGUGUCAGUAGGUGCCUAACGCUCUGGAGAGCGUUCUACAUAUUUUAUUAAUUAAAAGAUGUUUAUAUUCAAAUAAAGUCUCCCCAAAACAUAGAAAAUCA